AUGUCUAGAAUUAGUGAUUUUGAAAUACUCAACCGUUUGGGUGAAGGAUCCUAUAGUUAAGUUUAUAAAGUUAUCAGGAAAUCAGAUCAACAAAUUUAUGCUAUGAAGAAAGUUAAACUUUUUGAUUUGAAAGAAAAAGAAAAGGAAAAUGCUCUUAACGAAGUUAGAAUAUUGGCUUCAUUUGAUGAUCCCAAUAUUAUUAAUUACAAAGAUGCUUUUAUAGAUGAUAAUAUGCUAUAUAUAAUUAUGGAAUUUGCUACAUAAGGUGAUUUACAAAACAAAAUCAAAUAAGCUGGCAAUUAAUUAUUACCUGAAACAGANUAUUUAAAGAGUGUUAAUAAUGAUGCUUCAGCAAUAACAAGAGAUUAUGUUAGAAAUUCAUCUCUUUUAAUUAAUUUAGCCAAAGCUAUUGGUAGAUUGGUAGUUUCAUAUAAGGAAAUUUAAUAAUUGGCAGGAUAUACAACUUUAGUAGCUGAAUUAGAUGAAGUAUUAAAGGAUUUAAUAAAUGGUAAGUAUAUGAGAACAAUGUUGUAAAGUAAUGAAAAUUAACCAGGAUAUUUUGCAUAGAAAUAAUCAUUAGUAUCUAUGAAUAGAGGUUAAAUAGUUGAAACAGAAAAUACAAUUAAAUUUGAAGAAGUCCCUAUUAUAUCACCAAAUAAUGAUAUAUUGGCAUAAAAAAUGACAUUUGAAGUAAAAUAUAAUAUUUAUAUAUAAGAUUCAACCAAAUAUGAAUUGUAUUGUAACAGGUCCAAAUGGAUGUGGAAAAUCAUCAUUAUUUAGAAUUUUAGGUGGUUUAUGGCCAAUUUCAAGUGGUAAAUUAUAUAGACCACAUAUUGAUAAAUUAUUCUACAUUCCUUAAAGACCUUAUUUACCUGCUGGAACAUUAAGAGAUUAAAUUAUAUAUCCACAUACAAAAUUAUAAAUGUUAAGAAAGAAAGUAACAGAUGAUGAUUUAACUGAAUUAUUGAGAUUAGUUCAUUUGGAUUAUUUAGUUGUAAGAGAAGGAGGAUAUGAUAAAUGUAAUGAUUGGAAUGAUGUAUUGAGUGGAGGUGAAAAAUAAAGAAUUGCUAUGGCUAGACUAUUUUAUCAUAAACCAGUAUUUGCCAUAUUAGGUAUAGAUUUUUUAUUAUAUUCUUAGAUGAAUGCACUAGUGCAGUCUCAAUGGAUGUAGAAGCUACCUUAUAUUAAACUGCUAAGAUGUUAGGAAUCACUCUCUUCACAGUUAGUCAUAGACCUUCAUUAUUUAAACAUCAUGAUUAUAUGAUCUAAUUUGAUGGAGAAUAAGGUUGGAAUUUUAAAAAGAUAGAACAUAGUUCAGAAUGA